CUUUCCGAGUCUCCUUCAAGAUGGCGAGCGGCAGCGGCGGCGGCGGCGGCGGGGGGGUUUCGGUGCCUGCCCUCUGGAGUGAAGUGAACCGUUAUGGCCAGAACGGUGACUUCACGCGCGCUCUUAAGACCGUCAACAAGAUACUACAGAUCAACAAGGAUGAUGUAACUGCCCUACACUGUAAAGUGGUAUGCCUUAUUCAAAAUGGAAGUUUCAAGGAAGCCUUGAAUGUCAUCAACACUCACACUAAAGUGUUAGCCAAUAAUUCUCUUUCCUUUGAGAAAGCAUAUUGUGAGUACAGGCUGAACAGAAUUGAGAAUGCCUUGAAGACCAUAGAAAGUGCCAAUCAGCAGACAGACAAACUAAAGGAGCUUUAUGGACAAGUGCUAUACCGGUUAGAACGCUACGAUGAAUGCUUAGUGGUGUAUAGAGAUCUUGUCCGAAACUCCCAAGAUGAUUAUGAUGAGGAGAGAAAAACAAACCUUUCAGCAGUUGUUGCAGCUCAAAGCAAUUGGGAAAAAGUGGUUCCAGAGAACUUGGGUCUCCAAGAAGGCACACAUGAACUGUGCUACAAUGCUGCAUGUGCACUGAUAGGACAAGGCCAACUGAGCCAGGCAAUGAAAAUCCUACAAAAAGCUGAAGAUCUUUGCCGCCGUUCAUUAUCAGAAGAUUCUGAUGGGACUGAGGAAGACCCACAGGCAGAACUGGCCAUCAUUCAUGGGCAGAUGGCCUAUAUUCUGCAGCUUCAGGGUCGGACAGAGGAGGCAUUGCAACUUUACAAUCAGAUAAUAAAACUAAAGCCAACAGAUGUGGGAUUGCUGGCUGUGAUUGCAAAUAACAUCAUUACUAUUAACAAGGACCAAAAUGUCUUUGACUCCAAGAAGAAGGUGAAAUUAACCAAUGCAGAAGGAGUAGAGUUUAAGCUUUCCAAGAAACAGCUUCAAGCUAUAGAAUUUAACAAAGCUUUACUUGCUAUGUACACAAACCAGGCAGAACAGUGCCGCAAGAUAUCUGCCAGUUUACAGUCCCAAAGUCCUGAGCAUCUCCUGCCUGUAUUAAUCCAAGCUGCCCAGCUCUGCCGGGAAAAGCAGCACAUAAAAGCAAUAGAGCUGCUUCAGGAAUUUUCAGAUCAGCAUCCAGAAAAUGCAGCUGAAAUUAAACUGACCAUGGCACAACUGAAAAUUUCCCAAGGUAAUAUAUCCAAAGCAUGUCUACUUUUGAGAAGCAUAGAAGAGUUAAAACAUAAACCAGGCAUGGUAUCUGCAUUAGUGACUAUGUACAGCCAUGAGGAAGAUAUUGAUAGUGCCAUUGAGGUCUUCACGCAAGCUAUCCAGUGGUAUCAAAACCAUCAGCCCAAAUCUUCUGCUCAUUUGUCCUUGAUCAGAGAAGCUGCAAACUUCAAACUCAAAUAUGGGCGGAAAAAGGAGGCAAUUAGUGACCUAGAACAGCUAUGGAAACAAAAUCCAAAAGAUAUUCACACCCUGGCACAGCUUAUUUCUGCUUACUCACUUGUAGAUCCUGAGAAGGCAAAGGCUCUUAGUAAACACCUGCCCUCAUCAGAUAGUAUGUCUCUAAAAGUAGAUGUCGAGGCUCUUGAAAAUUCUCCUGGUGCUACUUACAUUCGGAAGAAGGGUGGAAAAGUUACUGGAGAUAAUCAACCAAAGGAGCAAGGACAGGGAGAUUUGAAAAAGAAGAAGAAGAAAAAGAAAGGAAAGCUACCUAAGAAUUAUGACCCAAAGGUGACCCCAGAUCCAGAAAGAUGGCUGCCAAUGCGAGAACGUUCUUACUACCGGGGAAGAAAGAAGGGUAAAAAGAAGGAUCAGAUUGGAAAAGGGACCCAGGGAGCAACUGCAGGAGCUUCAUCUGAACUGGAUGCCAGUAAAACUGUGAGCAGCCCACCCACCUCUCCAAGACCUGGCAGUGCAGCAACAGCAGCUGCAUCUACAAGUAAUAUCAUACCCCCAAGACACCAGAAACCUGCAGGGGCUCCAGCAACGAAAAAGAAACAGCAACAGAAAAAGAAGAAAGGUGGAAAAGGUGGCUGGUGAUUAGAACAUUCUUGUUUCCAGGCUGUUUUUAGUCUCACAGACACUAGGAACAUAAUAAAGGUAACACAGCAAGAAGCACAGAGUUCCUCCCUCUCCUAUCCCCACAUUUUCAUAAAAUGAUUUUCUCAUGCAUCAAACAGGAAAACAUCUUCCUCAGACUCUGCCUAGUCAGACUCAGCCAACUUGUACUACCUAGCUUUGCACAGGUGAUAAGGACUCGAAAUAAUUGGGCAUUUUCCCACCUUGAUCUCUGUUGCAUCCUUUCUCUUUGUGUGCUGAUCUGGUGUUUUUUCAGUUUCACAAACAAGGCAUGUUAUCCAAAGUUUCCUAGGAUUUAAACAGAAACUACUUAUGUUUCAACUAGAGUCUGAAGAUCCUUGUUCCUACCAAAUCCCACUUUAAAUUAUGUCUUAGGAGGCCUUAGGAGACUGAAAGUGGAAUCUUCUGAGCAUUCCAAGUAAAUAUCUGCUUAGAAAUAUCAUGUGAUAAAAAGGGACCUUAUUAAUACACUGGUGUUCUUCACUUCAUAAGUGGCCACAGAAAAACUAAAGUAAAUGUCAUGACUAAUUUUAAACAUAAAUAUAUAUAGUAGUGAAAAGCGUGUGAGUGUGUGUAUGUACAUAUAUAUACACAUUUACACAUAUAUAUAAAUUAGGACUUCUUUGCAUCCCAUAUUGUUUUCAGGUUAUGAUAACAUUAUGCUGAUUUAGCACCAUUAAAGAACUCAAGGAAAUGUAUCAAUUUUGCAAGAAGUUGACUCCUAGCCUCAGUGUUCUGAAAUUAGAUGGGUUUGGACUGUUUCAAUCAAAGAUUUAAUGGCCCUGUCAGGAAUUUGAACAUUGACUUCUGAAGUAGAGAGGAAAUCCACCAGAGUUCAGUAGCAGGCAGUAUUAGAACUUAAGAGAACUGUUUGGCCCAGUUCAUAGAUACUAAAAUGACUCCCCUUCACCAUUUGGAGUACAUGCAUUCAUUACCCUUCUCAAAGUAAUGAAGUAUUGUACAGUCAGUCUGGUGUCAGUGUUGCAUUGGUCUUUACUCACUUAUAAGCCACUUUCCCAUUGAACAGCUGUGAGGCAGACACGCUGGGAUGCCCACCCUUGUGAGUAUUCAUUUUGUGCUGCCCAAGAUAGCAUUGACUCUAGACUUUGAGUAUUUCCUUAUGAUCUUAUUACUUGGUUCUUAUUAAUAAAGUGCUGCUGUGUUUGACUCUGAACAUAUCUAUUGAAAUUUCUUCAAAGAGAUUUUUAAAAGGCUUUCCUCCUUUACAAAAGUAAGAAAUGUGGUACUGCCUUUGAAUCUGCAGUAACAUCUAAACAAGAGACCCUCAUAUAUGAAUGAUUUGUUAUGGCAUAAUAAUUUUUGAGCUCAGAAUACUCUUGGUAAGAGUGAUGUACUUAUUCCUUCUGAAUAUAUAUACUCCAGUACAGAAAUAAUUGUUAGUAAAUUUGUUAUUUAGAAUUCCAUUAAAUUUCUGUGGUGAAGGAUAAUCAUUUUUAGGUUAACUGAGCUACAGAAUUUUGGUGAAAAUUAUCCAUCAUUGAAAAUUUUGACCUAAUGCACCAAAAGUGAAAUUUACAUUUCUGUAUUUAGUCACUGUAAUUGCUAGCCAUUGUCAUUACCAGCCAUUACUAAGCAACUGAAACCUCAGUUUAAAUAAAUUAUAAUUGUCAAAUGAAGUGUAAAUAUCUACAUUAAAUUUCAAGUAACUUUCUUCUUUU